CUCGCGCGUACCGCAACCCGCGCGCUCUUAGGCCGGCUCUCUGACGUUCUGGCUCGUUGCCAAAUUAGCCUUAUCCCCCUACUAGCCAUCAUAUAGCGUUCGUCCUAUUUAGAACGCGUGUCUGAUUAUUGGCAUCUUCCCCUCACCACCCAUAGCUGCUGCAAAACUGCCGAUUUAAUUUCGAGCAGUCUGAACACAGGACGUUCCUCCUGUCUUCCCGCUUAUGGAGCAAGGAGAGGCGGUCUAUGAGAACACGACUAAAGGACGAGAUCCGAAACAUCUGAUCGAGGACGUGAUCGAGGAAAACGCUAACGAGUUCGACCCACACGCUUCAUUUUACGACGGUCGUGAAGAGGACGCGACAAAAACGGACCACGCUAACUGUGCUCCAGGUGACCAUACCGCUCUGGUCCUAGCACCACCCACCCGAUAUCACACAAUGGCUGUCGUUCCAGGACGAUGUAUCCGGGGAUUUCUGGAUGUUUCGUCUUUUCUCAUCUGCCUAUUUCUUGUUAUUCUACAAAUGGGACUAUUAGAUUACUACUACCUCACUGUACUCUCCGAUAAAGUAUGGUAUUCAUGGAUAGGGGCUGAUGCUCUUGUGAUAGUGGUUCUGUUGUGGCUUCUUGUCUUGGCAGUUAAAUAUAAUCAAACACAAAUGGAAGAAGUUUGUUCAGUUGACGGAAAAGUGAAAUUUGCUUGGAUUGGAUGGCUUAUUUACUCGCUGGUGUUGGUGGGGAAAGUUGCAACUUGUUUCCGCUUAUUUUACAACGAGCUACCGCCUGGACCUCUAGACAAUAAUGACAAACUAUUCGACGACCAUAUGUUCAAACUGGGGCUAUCGCUUUCCGUGCUGAUUUUUCUAUUUCUACUAGAAGCACAUCAUUACACUCCUCUAAUGAGUACUCGUCAGCUCUACAUUACUUAUCUCGCGACAGCAAUAUGUUUGGACCUCGUCGACAACAUCUACUUUCUCGAUCUUCUUUGGCAGUCAUUCAAAGAUGGCUGGAAUUUGCCGCUUUGGCUUGAUGUGACUAUACUGUCCCUGGCUUCCAUAAAUUUCGUUAUGCCAACUUUCGCCCUUCUCAAAUUACGUUUUGGACGAUAUCCAAAAUUCCUCUACAUCAGUGACAAAGUCUGGAGUUUGAUCUACGUGCUACUGGUCAACGCCCCAUUCCUUGGGUUGCGCAUCUAUCUCUACGUACUUCUCGAAGUGCAGCAAACUGGACGGCACUACGAUUUCAGUCUUUUCGCUGUGAAAAAUGUUGCUGUCAUCUAUUUGGCUUUGCGAGAGCUUUGGACAAGACUACAGUACUGGAGAAUGAAGCGAAGGGCGACAGGAUCACGAGGCGAACUGACUGCACAGCACAAUACUGAUGAGGAACACUGAUGAAAGUCUAUUUCUCUUUAAAAAAAAGACAAUGUUUUCCCAAGAUAAACGAUUAAGCUGCCAAAUUGCCAUCGAUCAGAUAAAUCUUCACCGCGAUUUCUUACUCUUUUCGAUUUCUGUACAUCUGUACCCUCUUUUUUGCUUGGCUAGAGGACUAUAUGUCACCGAAAUGGGCGGCAUAUGCGGUCAUCUGCAACAAAUACGCACCUUUCCACAUGCAUGGAGAUGCGUGAUUGCAAGCCGUCCGCGCGGGACCCUCACUCGGCGGCAUGAAGUUCUCUACGCUCUUUGCUUCUGUAGUUUUUUCUUUAAAGAAAAUUGUUGUUCAUCGAUAGACCCAAAUAUAUCAGAAGGU